AUGGCUCCGCUGACGUCAUUGCCCGACUACGGUCUAAACACAGACGAUGUUCGUUAUCUUAGUGUCGAGUCCGUGAUUAGAGGUCGAGGACCAGACCGACUGAAAUUUCUUGAUCUGGAAGGACGUUGGAGUUUAAGUGGAAAGAGCAUUCCGUUUAUCUCCUCAGCAUUCAAUCAUCUCGAACGUCUCAAUGACGCCAGGGUUCCAUUCAGGGAUAUAGUGGAUGAACCAAUCAAUGCCAUCGGAAUGGUAGGAUGGACACCUUCUUCUGAACCAGCUAAAGAAUUCGAAGAGAGGAAACCACCCGCUAAAUUUAAGCUUCCCGUUCCUGUGCUAGUGGAGGAAGAGGUUCCGCCAAGUCCACGCGAAAGAAUGCCUCAUCGCACGGCUGGAUAUGGACCUGCUCAUCAAAAACGUAAGCUAUCGAUACCUGAUCGUAGUAGAAGCGUAUCACCAAUGCGUAUGGAGUCACCAAUUCCCACAUACGACAGAUAUGCGAAGUAUGAGAGGAAUAGAACAGACUCGAUGACCCGUUAUGGAACGAAAUGGGGUGAGGAUAUCGGUACUCCUUCACCGAAUGAGUCCGCUGAUUCACGUCCACCUCAUCGAACUCCGGCGCUAAGCCCGAGGAUUCCCAUCUCAAUAACGUCAAUGCAUAGCGAUUUUGGCAGAAACAGAGGUACCCCUUACAAGGAAGAGCUGAGAGUGAUGACCAGAGAACAGAAACAAGGUUAUGUCCCGUAUAGAAGUGGAGGAUACGGUGCCUACCAUGAGAAGAGACAAUACGAGCUUUCACCUCGUUCAAUCGGAUCCGCUGCGGAUUACACAAGCGGCUCUGAGCAAUCGUCUCCGGUGUCAACGUACGAUAGAACUGCAGAUGAAAUUGUGCUCAUGGAAUAUCAUUCGAGAAGAACCACUGGCACGUCACCAAGAAGAGAACGCACAGCCUGGGUCCAUUGA